AGGCGGAGCUUGGAAGAGGCGCAGGAGGAGGCAGUCUUCCGAGAAGUGGUCAGCUUCACCCCGGACCCUUUGCCAGAUAUUAUGACAAGGACACCACUAGUCCCGUCAGCUUUUACUUGUCUUCGCUGGAGGAGCUUCUGGCCUGGACGCCCAGCGUGGAGGACAGCUUUAACGUGGCCCUGGGGCCCCCCGUGUGCCGCCAGCCCCCUCUGAGCAGCCGGAGGUUCCGGACCCUGGUGUGCCAUGACAUGAUGGGCGGGUACCUGGAUGACAGGUUCAUCCAGGGCUCCGCGGCGCUGAGCCCCUACUCCUUCUACCACUGGCAGUACAUCGACAUCUUUGUGUACUUCAGCCACCGCUUGGUCACCAUCCCCACGGUGGGCUGGACCAACGCUGCCCACAGGCACGGCGUCUGUGUGCUGGGGACUUUCAUCACCGAGUGGAGUGAAGGUGAGAAGCUCUGCGAAGCCUUCCUGGCAGGGGCUGAGCGCUCCUUCCGGGCUGUGGCUGAUCAGCUGGUCCGCAUCGCACAGUUUUUUCGUUUUGACGGCUGGCUCAUCAACAUCGAGAACUCCCUGAGUCUGGCUGCAGUGGGGAACGUGCCCCCGUUCCUCCAGUACCUGACUGUGGAGCUGCACCGGGCGGUGCCAGGGGGCCUGGUGCUCUGGUAUGACAGCGUGGUGCAGAGUGGGCAGCUCAAGUGGCAGGACGAACUCAACGAGCACAAUAGGGCCUUCUUCGAGGCUUGUGACGGCUUCUUCACCAACUACAACUGGAAGGAGGAGCACCUGGGGCGCAUGCUGGUGCAGGCUGGGGAGCGCCGUGCCGACGUGUACGUGGGGGUGGACGUGUUCGCCCGUGGCAACGUCGUCGGGGGCCAAUUCAACACGGACAAGUCGCUGGAGCUGAUCCGAAGGCAUGGUUUCUCAGCGGCCCUCUUUGCUCCCGGCUGGGUGUACGAGUGUUUGGAGAAGAAGGACUUCUUCCAGAACGAGGACAAGUUCUGGAGUUUGCUGGCACGCUACCUGCCCACUCACAGCAUCUGCUCCUUGCCGUUUGUCACGUCCUUCUGCCUGGGCCUGGGCACACGGAGACUCCGCUACGGACAGGAGGAGGUGGUGGGGCCCUGGUACCACCCCGGCGCCCAGGAGCUGCAGCCCUUGUUUGGGGAGUACCAGCUGGAGGGGGGCGGCCGGGGCUGGGUGAAGACCCACUGCUGCCUGGCUGAUGCCUGGAAUGGGGGCAGCUCCCUUCUCAUCCGGGGGGCCAUCCCCCCCGAGGUGGGACACAUGGCUGUGAGGUUGUUCUCCCUGCAGGUCCCCAUGCCACCCAAGGUGUUCCUGUCCCUGGUGUAUAAACUCGAGGGACCCACGGCCGUCACCGUGGCCUUGGAGCUCAGCAUGGGGGACGCCAGCAGCUGUCACAUCAGCGGCAUCUCAGCACUGAACGCAGAGACAAGCCUGAGGCAUAGCACCCGGCCCCUCCGUGUGCCCCCCAGCAAGCUGGCCAGGUCGGCCGGCCGAUGUGGCCAGCCGUUCGGUGGGGGCUGGGUCCAGCGCUGCUACGAGGUGAGCCUGCGGGGCUGCCUGCUGCAGGACCUUUUCAUCAGCUUCUCUCGGCCCCUGGGCAGCCGCCAGGAGGAGACCUUUGUCUGCCGCCUCGGAGAGAUCCAGGUGGUGGACGCGAAGAGCCUGCUGAGCCCCCUGGCCCCGGUGCAGGCUGUCACCGUCUCCCACGUCCGCUGGCAGCCGGCCGGCUCUGAACCCGAGGGUCCCUCUGCGCCCACGUGGCUCCGACUCAGCUGCACCCUGCGCUGGACCUAUCCGCUCCCCCAAAUCCACUGCUUUCGUAUCCACUGCCGCAGGGGGCCGGGGGGCGACCCUCGCGGCGGGGAGUCACCCGGCCCUGAGAAGCCCGUUUUCCUGGGCCUAGCUUUCACUAACCAGUACCGGGUUGUGGACCUGGCAGUGGCUGCCAUGGCGCCUGGCCGGGACGGCCGCGUGGACUUCCUCGUGCAGCCUGUCCCCAGGGAGGGGUUCUUGGUGCCCCAGGCCGAGUGGGGCCGGGCGACCCUGCUUUACGCCAGCCCUGCACGUGACAGACAUUAAACACAGUGGUCCCUGCUUGACAUCCAGGUCUCUUCCCUCCUGCCCACCAGGCCUGUGGGGGGGUUGGCUUUAGCCGGGGCAUCGGUGAUGGAAAGCUGGAAAGUCAGCGGGCUGGGCUGGUCAUUCCCUGAGGUGAACGGACCCGCUGUCUUUGUGAGUCCCUCUCCUCAGUAUACAGUUCCAAGGUAGAAGUUAGAGAAUUUGGGGAAGUUUAGUCCAGAAAAUUCCAUAGAGGACGUUUCCUGAUAGGCUUAAAGCUGAAGCUGAGAAUGGAGACCUGCUUUUAUUCCUCAGACUGAACAAUUAC